AUGGAAGUAGAUAAAGAUUUACAAAAAAGAGUUUACUCUCUUGUAGAAUCUAGUUCCAACUUUCAACAAAUAAAAAAAAAAAAAACCAAACCUUUAGGUGAAGUGUCGGACUAUUUCAAAAAAGGUAUACAAAAAAGCAACGGACAUUAUGAGGCAACAUGUAAUUAUUGUACUGAAUAUUGGGGAAGAAGAAAGCCUGCUAAAUUAGAAGCCCACUUAUCAAAUGAGUGUUCAAAGUGUCCAGAGAAAAUAUCACGAUACUGGAAGGAAAAACUAGCUAACAAAGCAUCAAAUUAUGCUCGUAAAUCAAAAAAUCCUGUUCUUCCAACUUCUAUGUCACAAACAGCCAUAACAACUCAUUUUAUGUCUAAUUAUGCAUGUAAUGUAUCAUCAGUUAGCAGUAUUAUGAGUUAUGAAGAGAUGGAUCAAGUAGAAGUUAGUGAAAUAAAUUCAUUAGAUGCAGAAGUUAAUAGUUCUACAUCAUUAUUAAUCGAAGAGAUCAUUAAUUUGGAAGUUGAAAAUUUAGAAUCUUCUACUGUGAAAACGACUCUAAUGGUUUCUUCUGCUGAUUUAGAUUAUGAUCUACAAGAAGUGUUAAAUAAUUUUUUAGAAUGUGAAAGUCGAGUAUAA